GUUAAUGCUGCACUAGGGAGCAAAAGCAGGCUCGGAGAGGGCUCCUGACACCCCCGUUAGCAAUGAUCCAGCGACUCGGCUGUGGAGGAGACAACUCACAGCAGGUCUGACAAGAGAGAGGGAGAUUUGUCUGUGUCAGGGAGAGAGAUUCCUGGCUGGGGGAAUGCUCUCCGCCCGGGUGGACACUGUCAAAAGCAGCAUGCCGAUGCUGUAGCAGGUCUGAGAGAACUCGGGGCUCGCUCCGGCAGACUUUGCAAACCUGCAGAUGAAUCAGCGCCGCAGUCGAGUUCUGUUUUCGCUUCGGAUUACGCUGCCGGGACAAAUGCAUACAAAUGCAUUUAGGAGCCCAAAGGACAAGCCGUGGAUUCAUCUCUGCCACCGUCAAACCGAAAUCCCUCCUUUUCUUGCUGGUGAUAUGUUUGACGGCUGGAAUUGCACCAAGCCACAUCCAAGGUGUAGACAUUCUCUGGAAGCUUGGUCUUACAGACAAUGGAACACAGUUUUCAUCAGGAUCACCCUCCCAACAACCAUCACGCUCGUUACCUCGGGGAAUCACAGCAACAGCGACUGGUAUUAUCCUGUCAAGUGACGCACAUGUUGAAGCUCCAGUUGCGAGCAUAAUGCCAUUAAACACUAGCAAUAAAUUCACUAUACUUGUUAGUCUCUGUUCUCAUCGAGUCAACAAUGCUUUUCUCUUUAGUAUUAGAAAUAAGAACAGACUUCAGUUUGGUGUACAGAUUUUACCAAGAAAAUUAGUUGUGUAUGUUGCUGAGAAGCAAUCUGUAUAUUUUGCAUAUAAUGCUCAUAAUGGGCAAUGGCAUUCCUUUGCCAUUUCAAUUAAAGGCAAAACUGUUACUUUUUCUUCCAACUGUGGGGAGAAGCUGAUCAGCAAGGAGCUGCUUGUCAAACCACAGAAAUUUGUUUCUGGCAGCAAGUUAACCUUAGGAAGGAUGAACUGGAAUGCAGUUCCAUUUGAAGGUGCUUUAUGCCAGCUGGAUAUUUAUCCAAAUGCACAAGCUUUGAUGAAUUAUUGCAAUUAUGUGAAGAAGCAGUGUCGUCCAGCUGAUACUUACCGAUCCCUGUCACCCUUGCUUUCCACCACCUCUCCUGAAGUUACCAGCUCAAGCUCAGGUGACACAAUGUCUUCACUGAGUGAAGAGAUGCAUGCAAGUUCAGCGGCAACAGCAACUCAUACCACAAGUGCACAUGGACAAAAUGUUACUGAUGAAGAUGAAUAUUUCGGCCACUCAUUAGACAGAGUUGUUGAAACCAAUACUCAAAGGAACUUGGGUGAAUCAGAGAUUUUGACCAAAUUGCCUCAAACUUCAACCCCUAGUUUCAAUGAAACAAUAAGAUCUCAUCCAUUGAAUGACACAAGGCUUGACCCUGGACUUGCCCAUGUUCUCCCCGGCCAACACUCUAAAUCCAAUGCCAACAAAUUCGAAGAAUCACCUUACAGGAAGGGAAGUGAAUUGGAAGCAGAUCAAUCUGAAAAUGUUACGGAGAACGGAAACCGAGAGAAUUUGAAGAUUUCCGAUGAAAAUUUCUCACCCUUGACUUCGCUGCUAAAACAACACAAGAUAAAAGACAGCCUCAGAAAUGUAAACCAACCAGAGAUCGCAAAGGAAAUUUCAGACCAGCUCCUCGAAAGGCAGAUGAUCAAUGCAACACUGUACAGAGCAUCAAAAGACACCUCUUCACUAAAUCAGAACAGUUUAUGGGAUGAAAAUGGUUACUCAGCUGUGGAAUUAGAUCACUACACGGAAAAUUCACAUGAAAUUGAUAUUGAAAACUACAACUAUGAUUAUGAAGACUUCCUUGAUUAUUUAGUUUAUGAAGGCAUACCUGGGCCGAAGGGAGAUCCAGGACCACCUGGUCCUCCAGGCCCACCUGGUGCAAUGGGUCCUCCUGGGAAACGGGGAGCGAGGGGGAUACCAGGACAACAUGGGAACCCAGGAUUACCAGGACUACCAGGCUCAAAGGGUCCAAAAGGUGAACCAGGCCUAUUCCCCAUUAAAGCGCCACCCGGAGAACAGGGCGAUCCAGGUCCCAUCGGUCCAAUUGGUCCUCCUGGUCCACCAGGUCAAAAGGGUCCCAAAGGAUACCAAGGUGCACCUGGACCCCCAGGGGAACGUGGUCUCCCUGGGCCAGAUGGGAACCUGGGAGUGAGUGGAUACCCAGGCAGGCAGGGUUUAGCUGGGCCCAAAGGAAAUCCUGGCCCGAAAGGUAGACCGGGGUUUAUAGGACCUCCUGGGAUGGUAGGACCACCCGGGCCAGAAGGUACAAAGGGUAUUGCUGGACCCCGUGGGAGAAAGGGCCCCAAAGGGAGACCGGGAUAUCCAGGUGCUAUUGGAGCAAGAGGCCCUCCUGGUUCUGAUGGCAGCCCAGGAUUGGUCGGCGGAAUUGGUCAACCUGGAUUUCCUGGCCUCAGGGUUAAGGGGACAAUUGAGCUGUCACGUCGAGGCCAGAUUCUGGAUGGUCUUUGGCGUUUCCCUGCAUUAUACCGGUAA